AUGGAUGUCCUCAUCUCUGCAAUUGUAGGUGACCUCGUCAGCAGGUCGGCAUCGUUCGUGAUCAGCAAAUACUUCCAGAAGCAACCUGGCAUCGACGAGAUUCUCCAGAGGCUAGACAGAGUUGUACUGAGAAUCGACAUCGUCAUCGAGGAGGCACAGGGGCGGCAUAUCACUAACCAGGGGAUGCUCCGUCAGCUCGGAGUGUUGAGGCAGGGAAUGUACAGAGGAUGCUACAUGCUUGAUGCCUUGAGAUUCCAAGCCGCCCUUGACGAGGAGGUAAGCCAUUCAUCGUCUGUAUUGUCCAAAUCCAGUCCAGCCAAACGGAUUUGUUUCUCUCGGCCAUGCAGUGGUAGCAACAACAGAAAAGCAUUGUUGUUUGAUAUAAACAACAACAUACGAGAAGAGCUGCAACGGAUGGUCGACACCCUUGAAGGCACCAUGGCUGGUGUCAAGGAAUUUCUUUUCUUCUUGGAGUUGUAUCCUCGGAUAGUUCGUCAACCUUAUGGAACAUAUUUGAUCCUGGACAAUUGCAUGUUCGGUCGCCAAACAGAACGGGAACAGAUCCUGAAUUUCUUGCUGUGUCCCAAUGCUACGCCUGACUUGGCAGUACUUCCAAUUGUUGGUCCAAUAAGAGUAGGGAAGAGCACUCUUGUUGAGUAUGUCUGUAGGGAUGCGAGUGUGCGCGGUCGCUUCUCGAUGAUCGUCUUCUUUCCAGAAGGCAGUCUCAAGUAUGAAGGAGUGAUUGACCUGAAAGGGAACAAUAUUAAUGGUCUAGUCAGACAUCGGAAUUGUGCUUCUCAAAACAGGUUGCUGAUUAUUGUUGAAAUAACUGAGGGCAUUAACGAGGCAGCAUGGACAAGGCUGAAAUCUUCCGUAACAAGCAUGACACCGUGCAGUGGGAGCAAAAUCAUAAUUACCAGUCGGUCGGAUAUAAUUGCGAAUCUGGGAACAACAGAAGCGCUUCGACUGGACUUUCUCCCUCCAGAAGCUUAUUGGCAUUUUUUCAAGUCCCUUGCAUUCGGAAGCACAAAGCCUGAUGACCAGCCAAAACUGGCAAUCAUGGCCAUGGAGAUUGCUUUGGAACAGACACAGUGUUUCAAGAGCGCGCUUAUCAUUGCUGGUUUACUGCGAGAUAACUUUAAUGCUCAGUUCUGGUGCACAGUUCUUCAAUGUGUGAGAGCAUAUAAGCAGACACACUUCCUUAUGUCUGACAAGCACCCAAAUCUUUGCUUACGGGAAGAUGAACCAGUAUAUUAUUGGAGAUUGGCCAGGAGCAGCAAAUACUUCUUGGUUUGCAACCAUCAUCAGUUAGAUUCCGGUGAGGAAAUCCCCAAGAUUAGUGUGCACGACAUCAUCUUAGGAUGUGGUGGUACACUACCACGUGGGAAAUUUGAGGCUCUUGCAUGGAGGUCUCGCAUACCACCCUACUACAACUACAAGAUAAGCUGUAAGCUGCAAACUCCACAACCUAUGGUGAAAAGGAAGAAGCGCGUGUCUCGGCACGAGAGACAUUUCAUUUGA